AUGCCGCGUAUCCUCCCUGAAAAGAAAAAAGAGUACAACCAAAGAUAUGAGGCCAAACUCUCACCCGAGGCUAAAAAAAGGCGGAGAGACGCCCAAGCCGCCAGCAGGCGAAGAUUGCGGCAGACAAGCAAACAGGUAGAGCCACAACUUACAGGGGGAAACUCGUCAGAGGGCCAUGGAUUUCUACCAGAAAUUUCUUCUUCCCACCAAUUCACCCCAGGUUCUUCCAAUAAUUCUACAUCACCUAAUGAUUCCAUGCGUGUUCUGGAACAGUCAAUGGCCCCACUAGAUGAUGCACGACAUGAUCUGGCCUCCUGUAUGCUGGGAACACAGGUUCCCCGGGAAGCAGAGACUGUGAAGUGGGCUGAUGGUCACAUUACAGUACUUCCUACUCUGAUACGCAAUGGACGAAACGUAUUGGUCAAUGAUGAGCAACUUGUCAGAAAAAUGGCCGCACUUCCUGCUUCUAAACCUGGUUCUACAUUGGUGACACAUCUAAACUCAGCCAUGCCAGAGGACGUUCUGCUAUCAGAAAUACGGAACAGUCUCCGGGAUGGAAAGGCUGUGGUUGUUCGCGCUGCAGCAAAGCCUGGCCCCCCCAACAUAACCUUUGACUUUCUGAAACGCUACGGUAUAUAUUCCACCACAGUGGUGGAUAUGCAUGAUAUGGAGCUGCGUGCCAAAGAAUCUCAUUGUCCUCAUGUGGAAGGCACAGUGAAUGAUUUGAUCUCGGGUAUCAACAACCCAGAUGAGAUACGAUGCAUCCUGGAUUGCAAUGUAUAUGAAGGCUUGCCUCCUGAUCUGGCUUCACUAGAUGACGGUCAAACAGCCUGGAACCGGACCACGAAGGACUGUCCCUUGCUGAACAAAUUUGUUCACCCCGAUAACUUCUGUGGGCUGAGGUUUUGCCUCAUACACCAAGGCGCAGUAGUGACACCCCCACACCAUGACUCAGAAGGCCAAAACACAUUUGUAACUGGAAAGAUCGGUCUCAAAAUGUGGGUACUCUUGCGACAUGUGAAUGGGGACAAUCUUGAAGAAUUGGCUCGGGAUGCUAUAUCUCUAUGCGGCGACCAUGAUAUGACAAAAUUCGAGGCCGAAACAGUGACUAUUGCACCUGGAGAUAUGUUAAUCCAGCCGCCUAGCAUGUUUCACAUGGUUUACACCCCAAUCCCAAGUUUAACACUUGGAGGUCAUUUCUUCCUGUGGGAUGCGCUUCAUGAGACACUAGUGUCUAGAGCCCUAGAUCGCCUCAACGGCAUGCUUUUCACAAACCAGGACCAUGAACAUACAGAUGAGACUCUUUGGCGAAUGGCCGCCAUGCUUCCUAGGUUACCCCAAGAGGAAAUUGCUAAGUUGCGCACCCGACCUUUGUUGGCACUUUGCAUCAUGGUUUUAUCACCCAGCCAGUAUGUAGCUCAGGGCUCGGCAUCAAAGAGCCAUCAGAAAAAGCAACCCAAAGCAAUUCAAUCAUCCAGUCGCAGUAGAGCUCAGGCGAUCAUCCAGACAAUUAUCAGUCAUCUCGGCAUUCUCAAAAAAGAUCUGUACAAAGUCUUCAUAGAUUUUUUGUCUCUUGUGGAUGCUGGAGAUGUUGUGGAUCUAGGAGAUUGUCUGGCGGAAUUCUCACAUUCAUCAUAG